ACGCAUUGUGCAUUGAUAAAGUGCAGUGUGUUGCUUGAUGAGUAAGGAAGUAGUACAGGUGGUGAGUGUUUGGUACGGUAUUAGAAUAGAAGAAAGAUUGUAGGGUUUUUUUUUUAUUUAUUUAUUAUUUACUGGAAUUGCCUGAUUAUUUUUCUAUUCGUUAGUUCGCUAACAUGUUUGUACCAGUUAGUUCAGCGCCCACUUUCAAGGACUUCACGCUUAUAAUGCCAGCCAUAUCGGUAGGGAAUGUUGGACAGCUUGCUGUGGACCUAAUUAUAUCCACACUAAACCUGAACACAGUUGGCUAUAUUCACACAGCUUCUCUGAUACCAAUGGUUGGAAAUAAUCCAUAUGCAACAUCAGAUGGAAAUUCAGUUGAAUUGAGCACUAAUGCACAAGUGUAUUCCUUACCAGAAAUACAACUUGCUGUUCUUCAGGUCAGGUCUCCCAUUUUACAGACGCAAUGCAAGCAGUUUCAAAACUUUAUUCACACCUGGAUCAAGACAAGUGAAUUCUCCAAAGCCAUCAUUUUGUCCAGCAGCCAUGCUUAUCAGCGUGAUGACCGUCAGCUUCUUGGCACUCCAUUACGUUAUUUACUUACACCUGCCAUGCAGAGCAUUGUUGGGGACAACUUGCAAAAUAUGAACUGGAAGAAAAUGGAGAAGAUAGCAGUUUUCCCUGAAGUCAGCAAUACAAGACAGCAUCUCUACAUCCCUGGUGGGGGCAUCACUAAACAACUAUACAAUGUUUGCUGUUCAGAAGGUAUUCCACUGGCAGUUCUGCUGAUAUUCUGUUCUGAAGGUGACAAUAUGCCAGAUGCAUUUGCGCUACUAAACUACCUAAAUGAGUGGCUUCAUCUAGUAGAAAACGCUUGUGAUCAGUCUGCAAACUGGAAGAUGCCGUGUUCAUGGAGGCUGCUCUUUGGUAGUGGAAUUCCACCUGCUCUAUUCUAAUAAUGUGUAUUUUGACAAAUGUAUUCAUACGGAGAAAUACAAACAAAGCAUUUUGAUGUGAAGACGUUAUCUUAUCAUUGCACCCUUCUCGGAUGUUUUAAACUUCUGUUAGGUACAACAAUGUAUGUUGUGAUUGAGUAAUUAAAAUUAUGGACAUAUCUGUACUGAAUUGAUUUAUACAGUAGUAUUGAAACAUUGUACAUGCACAUGUAUACCUAUGUAAUAAAGCUUUGUGGAAUGUC